GCGUGGACACUGGCCAAUCAGAUCACCCGACUGCGGCACGCGCUGGUAACUGCUGUCCCUGGAAUUUGAAGGUCUGUUCUGAUUGGUGGACUGAUUGUGGUCGUUGUCCACGGAAGCCCAUAAAUACUGGUAGACUCUUUCUGGGUGUUUAUUUGGUAUGAAUGUUUGAGGUUGCAUGUUUUUGGAGCGUGUAUGCAUGAGUGAAAUAUUUAUAUGAGGACUUUCAUGACUAAUAUAUUUUAACUUAUUUUAUAACGCACUUUAUAAGGCCAAGAAAUGGUUUUCACAAUGGUUGCAACAAGUACACAAAAGAAUAAAAGCUCUGAAUUCAUCUCGGAUUUUGUUGAUGGAGGAUACGAUCAGUCAUGCAUCGACAACGAACUGGACUUCUGGGAGCGCUGCCUGACUGAGCCGUACCUGAGUGCUGAGGCUUGUGAGGAGUGGGCGUGCCAACAGCUGGUGCGUCUGCUUGAGGGCUGCUUAGCACGAGCAAAGACCAGCACUCUGCAUUGCACAAGAGUGUUGGUGCCAGAGACUCUGACCCGGCGGGUGGCACGAGAUGUUUUGAGGCUAGCAGCAGGUGAACCCUGUGGGUUACGUGGCUGUGUGCUGGAUGUGCGCCUCGAACUGGAAGAGCAGCGUAAACAGCGGCGCUGCGCAAAGCUCGAACGGUUGGUUUGUGAUGCCAGCAUGGUGCCCACCUUUGAGCUGACACUAGUCUUCAAACAAGAUGGCAGCAGCUGGAUGAACUUGCGGGACUUCCUGCGUAUUGGUACGUGCUUUUCACGUCGCACGCUCAAGCUCGGCCCUGGCUUCCGGCUCGUUAAGAAGAAGCUCUACUCGUCAGCGGCUGGUACCGUAGUUGAGGAGUGCUAAGCUGCUGGGCUGGGGUUUAAUGGUACAGUGCACUUCAACACUUCAGGAUGUGAAUGUACAGAGCUGCCUUUUGAACGGCUCUUUUAUUAAUUUUUCCCCCCUGCACUUUUUAUACUAUUAAUGUGAACUAGUUCAGUAGCUUCACUGUAUGUUCUGUUUUGGGGGUGGUGGAUUAACACAGUUAGCCAUUUGAAAUGUUUGAGUUUAAUGUCUCUUGUCAUAGGAUGUUGUGCCCAUAAUUGUGCUGUCUGUUAUUCAUAUUUUCAGUUAUUUCCUAGUGCACAAAUGUUGUGCCAUAAAUUCUUGCUGAUUAUUACUAGUAUGCAACCAACACCUUAAUAUUAAAAGGGACUUGCACGGCUUCAUAUCAAAUAUGUGGGAGAGGGGCAUUUUUCUGAAAGUAUUGUGCUUUCUGCAGAGUGUCUGUUUG